UUAAAAAUCCACUUGAUGUUAAUUUAGGAAAAUUAUUUUAUUUUGUUGGUGAUGACCUGUGUCCCAUGUUACUCAAGUUUCAACUCUGGACUUUUCAAAUUCACACAGUGCAGUGCAGUAUUCAUCUUUCUUCUCUGUUCCAUCUUUGGCUGAAUUCUAAUCCUAUUUUCUGUAACUUCCGGAAAGCUAUGGAGUUCCUGAGCUCAAUCGUGGGUCUGGUCCCCUGCUUCUAUGAUCACACCUCCAAGCACACGGUCUACAUUCGUGAUCUGAGAAAAAAUCUCCAAGCCUUGAGCAAAGAAAUGGUGGAUCUGAACAACUUGUAUGAAGAUGUGAAGGAAAGGGUUGAACGUGCAGAGCAACAACAGAUGAAGCGCAGAAAGGAAGUGGGUGGGUGGAUCCGUGAAGUAGAAGCCAUGGAGAAAGAAGUUCACGAAAUUCUGCAAAGAGGAGAUCAAGAAAUCCAGAAGAGUUGUCUCGGAUGCUGUCCCAGGAAUUGUUGGUCUAGCUACAGAAUUGGAAAGGCAGUAAGUGAAAAGCUGGUUGCUGUAUCUGGUCAAAUCGGCAAAGGACAUUUCGAUGUUGUAGCCGAGAUGUUGCCUCGUCCUCCAGUUGAUGAACUGCCAAUGGAGGCGACUGUGGGCCCACAAUUGGCGUAUGAAAAGAGCUGUAGGUUUCUCAAAGAUCCACAAGUAGGCAUUAUGGGAUUGUAUGGAAUGGGGGGUGUUGGCAAAACCACCCUCUUGAAGAAAAUCAACAAUGAAUUGCUUGCAACAUCCAAUGACUUUGAGGUUGUGAUUUGGGCUGUGGUGUCAAAAUCGCCCGACAUUGAAAAAAUUCAGCAAGUUAUUUGGAAUAAAUUGGAAAUCCCACGUGAUAAAUGGGAAACUAGAAGCAGUAGGGAGGAGAAGGCUGCAGAAAUAUUGAGAGCUUUGAAAAGAAAAAGGUUCAUCUUGUUGUUGGAUGACAUUUGGGAGGAACUUGAUCUCCUGGAAAUGGGGGUCCCGCGUCCAGAUACUGAAAAUAAGUCCAAGAUAGUUUUGACGACCCGUUCACUGGAUGUCUGCCGCCAAAUGAAAGCUCAGAAGAGUAUAGAAGUGGAAUGUUUGGAGUCAGAAGAUGCCUGGACUUUGUUCCGGAAGGAGGUAGGAGAAGAAAUAUUAAAUUCUCAUCCGGAUAUACCGAUGCUUGCAAAAGUUGUUGCUGAAGAGUGCAGAGGUUUACCUCUCGCUCUUGUCACUCUUGGGCGGGCCAUGGCAGCUGAGAAAGAUCCCUCAAACUGGGACAAGGUAAUACAAGAUCUACGCAAAUCUCCAGCUGAAAUCACAGGUAUGGAAGAUAAAUUGUUUCAUCGAUUGAAACUCAGUUAUGAUAGGUUGCGUGACAAUGCUAGCAAAUCUUGUUUUAUAUAUCAUUCCAUCUUCCGAGAGGACUGGGAGAGUUAUAAUUUUCAACUUACAGAACUUUGGAUAGGGGAGGGGUUCAUGGGUGAAGUUCAUGACAUACAUGAAGCACGUGAUCAAGGGAGGAAAAUUAUUAAAACUUUAAAGCAUGCAUGUUUACUGGAGGGUUGUGGUUCAAGAGAAAGAAGGGUUAAGAUACAUGAUGUGAUCCGCGACAUGGCUUUAUGGUUAUAUGGUGAACAUGGGGUGAAAAAGAACAAAAUUCUAGUAUACAAUAAGGUUGCUAGGCUUGAUGAAGAUCAAGAAACUUCCAAAUUGAAAGAAACAGAGAAGAUAUCAUUAUGGGAUAUGGAUGUUGGGAAGUUCCCAGAAACAUUGGUGUGCCCCAAUCUUAAGACUUUAUUUGUGAAAAAAUGUCAUAAUCUGAAGAAAUUUCCAAAUGGAUUCUUUCAAUUCAUGCUUCUACUAAGAGUUUUGGAUUUGUCAAACAAUGAUAAUUUAAGCGAGUUGCCAACUGGGAUUGGUAAAUUGGGUGCCUUGAGAUAUCUUAAUUUGUCAAGUACAAGAAUAAGGGAGUUGUCCAUUGAAAUAAAAAAUUUGAAAAAUCUGAUGAUUUUGCUUAUGGAUGGUAUGGAAUCCCUUGAAAUUAUUCCAAAAGACAUGAUAGCAAGCCUUGUAUCCUUGAAGUUGUUCUCUUUUUACAAAUCCAAUAUUACAAGUGGAGUUGAAGAAACCUUAUUGGAGGAGUUGGAGUCCUUGAAUGACAUUAGUGAGAUAUCAAUCACCAUAUGCAAUGCUCUUUCAUUCAACAAACUAAAGAGUAGUCACAAAUUACAAAGGUGCAUUUGUUGUCUACAUUUACAUAAAUGGGGGGAUGUGAUCUCACUUGAACUAUCAUCUUCAUUUUUUAAAAGAAUGGAACAUUUGAAGGCGCUUUAUGUAAGCCAUUGCGACAAAUUGAAAGAAGUGAAAAUUAAUGUGGAAAGACAAGGGAUACACAAUGAUAUGACUCUUCCAAACAAAAUUGCAGCAAGGGAGGAAUACUUCCACACCCUUCGUUAUGUGGAUAUAGAACAUUGUUCAAAAUUGUUAGACUUAACAUGGCUUGUUUAUGCUCCAUAUCUUGAACAUCUUCGCGUUGAAGAUUGUGAAUCGAUAGAAGAAGUGAUACAAGAUGAUAGUGAAGUCCGUGAAAUGAAGGAAAAAUUGAACAUAUUCUCAAGGCUCAAAUACCUCAAGCUCAAUAGGCUGCCAAGAUUGAAGAGCAUCUAUCAGCAUCCGCUACUCUUUCCCUCUCUUGAAAUCAUCAAGGUGUAUGAAUGCAAAGACUUAAGGAGCCUCCCGUUUGAUUCCAACACUUCAAAUAAAAGUCUGAAGAAAAUUAAAGGAGAGACAAGUUGGUGGAAUCAGUUGAAGUGGAACGAUGAAACUUGCAAGCACUCUUUUACUCCGUAUUUCCAAAUCCAUGAAGUUGAAGCAUAUUUAACAGACUCUGAGGAGUCUGAAAUUGGCAGCUUAGAUGAUGUUCAAGAACAACCAGUAUCAAAUUAAUUUCUAUCAAUC